GAUUCUUGAGUCAGUAUACAAACUGAAGCCAUGAAAAUCGGUUGUGUAUUAACAUUGGCUGUGGCGGUGUUUUGCCAGAAAGUGUCUAGUGAUGAGUUAGAUUCCGUGAGUGCCAUUCAGAUUGUGUCACCUAAAGAUCAUGUGUUCAACUUGGAAUUGGAUGGGAUAAAGAGUAUUUUGGAGAAUGAUUCGAUCAAAGAUCGAAAUGUUGUUGUUGUUUCUAUCGCCGGUGCAUUUCGUCAAGGAAAAUCGUUCUUGUUGAACUUUUUCAUAAAGUAUUUGUACGCUCAGUACAAAAAGCAUGACGUAUCCGAUUGGUUGGGUGAAGAAAACAACAGCAGUGGAUUGACUGGGUUCAAGUGGCGCAGUGGACGGAAGCGUGAAACCACUGGAAUCUGGAUGUGGUCAGAGGUGUUCACCCAUGAUUUUUCGAACGGCGAAAAGGUUGCGAUCAUUCUACUGGACACACAAGGAAUCUUUGAUGAUCAAAGUUCGGUCCGUGAUUGUACAACGAUUUUUGCCUUGAGUAUGAUGCUGUCAUCGGUUCAGUGCUACAAUGUCAUGCAGAAUAUCAAAGAAGACGAUUUGCAACAUUUGGAGCUAUUCACUGAGUAUGGACGAUUGGCACUGGAAGAAUCGACUUUAAAACCGUUCCAGAAACUACUUUUCAUCGUUCGAGACUGGCCGUACGCCUUUGAAACCGACUACGGUUGGCAUGGCCAGAAGAUAAUUGAUGAAAUUAUGACUGGAAAUGAAGAGCAAACAAAUGAUAUGCGCCAGUUACGCAGACGAAUUGAUUCGAGUUUCGAUGAUAUUGGCGCAUUUCUGAUGCCCCAUCCAGGAUCAAUCGUUGCUCGGGGAAACAGCUUCACCGGCAAUAUCCAUCAAAUUUCAGCCGAAUUCAGAAAAUAUGUCAAAGAAUUGGUGCGGGGAAUAUUCGCUCCGGACAAGCUCAUUGUAAAGACAAUGAAUGGUGGAAAAGUACGCGUUCGUGAUUUAAUCCCAUAUUUGCAAGCAUAUUUGAACAUUUUCAACGGUGAUGCAUUGCCCGAACCAAAAACCGUAUUCAUGGCCACUGCUGAGGCGAGUAUGCAAAUAAUGCUCACCGACUGUGUAAAUUAUUACGUUGAUACGAUGCAGAAACUAAUCAACGGAGUGACAUCAUAUUUUAGCCAAAUCGAACUCAUAACGGCUCAUCAGAAAACAAAAGGCGAAGCUAUUGGACAGUUCCAGUCAAAACCAAAACUAGGCGGCGAUAGAUUCGUGUCUUCCUUCCAAAAGAAAAUUGAAGCUGAAAUUGAAGAAAAAUUCGUAGCUUUUAAUCAAACCAACGAGGCAAAAUAUAAACAUUUCGUGGAAAUGGCCAAUUUAAAUAACGACAAAAUCUGUGCUGAGAUAAAAGCCACAUUUGAGAAUGAAUUGGUCAAUCAAAUCGAUAAGUCAUCAUUGAAAUCUUCAGAUGUGCACAAUUUGCUCGCGAACUUGAAGCAAUCUGCAUUGCAAAGGUUUGAUUCAGAGAAAAUGGGCGAUGGAGAUAUAUCCAAUGGUUUCCGGGGAAAACUUACACAGAAUUUGGACGGAAUUCAAUCGUCAAUAAUUAAAGCAUCGGAGUCAUAUCAUGAAUGUUUGAAUCAUUAUACGGAUGCAUCACAAAGAUCACUUGCAAGCAUCGACACAUUUUUCAAUCAAAAUGAUCUCAUCAAAGCUCAUCAAAAUGCAAAGAAAGAGGCGAAAGACCAGUUUUCGGAGAGGACGACACUUGUGGAUCUCAAAUAUACAUCCACUCUUCAACAUAGACUCGAAAAUGAGAUCGAAGCAAAAUUGCCCGCUUUGGAACAAUCAAAUGAAGGAAAGCGACAUGCAUUUGUGGAAAGAGCAAAUGCACACAAUGGCAUCAUCAGUGGAGAAAUUGGCUCGAAAUUCAAUAAUCAAGUAUUGAAUGGAAUCGGAACGAAUUAUUUGAGCGACGACUCAUUCUUCAGUUUGUUCAUUAGUUCUAAACGCGCUGCAUUGGACGAGUUUGCUACACGAAAAAUGGGCGAUGGAGACAUUUCCAAUGUUUUCCGUGAAAAAUUGGAACGAGAUUUGGAUAAUAUGCAAGCUGCAUUGAAACAAAGAAACGAAGCAAACAAACCGCCGCCACCCCCAAAGAAGAAGCGAAAGGGCUGGAAAAAAGUUGUGGGAGCUGUAGUGAAUGCUGCAGCACAUGUGGCUGGCGCUGCCAUAGCUUCUGGAGUAUAAGAUAUGAAGAACAAUCAAUGGUGGACAACCAAUGGCACAUAUGCCAUGAAAAUUUAGCCUUGUGAUACAGCUUAAGUUCACAUUUUAUUUAAGAAAGAUAAUUUAUUUUGAUUUUCUGAAUGGUAUAACGUUGGAAGAAAAAGUGUGUCAAUAAAAACAAGAAUAACAACAUA